AUGAAGUUAGAGGCUGAUGUUUUGCUGGAAAUGGAGGAAGUGUCUAACCGCCUCAAUGAUAUUUGGCGUCAAAAGUCCCGGGAACUUUGGUUAAAAGAUGGAGAUCGCAAUACCCGGUUCUUUCAUACGUCCACUGUGAUUCGACGGAAGCGGAAUUUCAUCUCUGCUAUUUCGGAGGAUGAUGUCCAUUGGAUUAGUGGUAGGCGGGAUAUUGGGGAUUAUUUCACCGAGAAUUUUCAGCAGGUGUUUACCUCGGUCAAUCCCCCGGUGGAUGAGGAGUUGAUUGGCAUUAUCCCACCUAUGGUGUCUUCGGUUAUGAAUGAUAGCCUUACUAGUAUUCUGUCGCGGGAUGAGAUUAGACGGGCUGUGUGGUCCAUGGGGCCGCUGAAAGCGCCGGGUCCUGAUGGAAUGCAUGGUCGCUUCUACCGUUCCCAUUGGGAGAUUGUGGCGGAUGAUGUGAUUGGUACGGUCUCUGAGUUUUUCCAAUUCGGUAGAUUCGUCAAAAGUUUGAAUCGAACUUUCAUUGUUCUCAUCCCCAAAAAGGAGGGGGCUAAGAAAUUUGAUGACUUCCGCCCCAUCUCGCUAUGUAACUUUACUUACAAAAUCAUCUCGAAGAUCUUGUCUAAUCGGCUUCGGGGCAUUCUCCCAAAUCUCAUUUCGCCGCUACAAGCUGCUUUUGUUCCGGGUCGGUGGAUUGCUGAGAAUGGUCUAAUUGCUCAAGAGAUUAUGCAUUCUUUCAACAGGAAAUGCUCUGGGGUGGGAUAUGUUGGGAUGAAACUCGAUAUGUCUAAGGCAUACGACCGUAUGGAAUGGGGUUUCUUGGACCGGGUUAUAGAUGCUUUUGGAUUUUGUGUGAAGUUUCACCAGUUGAUUGCUUGGUGUGUAUCCUCGGUUAGCUUUUCUGUCUUGCUCAAUGGCGGACCGCUUAAACAAUUCUUUCCUUCUCGGGGUUUAAGGCAGGGCGAUCCCCUUUCGCCCUACCUUUUUAUUCUGGGAGUGAAGUCCUAUCACGGUUAUUGUUUCGUGAGGAGGUCAAUGGAGCUAUCCAUGGGUGUAAGGGCUAAUAGUGGGGAAGUGGCUCGGGUUCAGGAUUGCCUCAAUAAAUAUUGUCUUUGGUCGGGCCAACUGGGUUUUACGCCUCUUUCCUCUGAGGAUAAAUUCCUGGGGAACCCCCUAUUGUUCUCUCGCAGUAAAAGGAAUGACUUCCAGUUUGUGGUUGAUCGUGUAAAGAAUCGCCUUGAAGGUUGGCGUAGUAAACUAUUGUCUCAGGCGGGUCGGACAACCUUGAUCAAUUCGGUUAUCGCUAGUACCCCGAUCUACACUAUGUCCACUUUCUUGCUUCCUAAGACUAUUUGUUCUACGUUGGACAAGUUGGCUCGUAAAUUUUGGUGGGUCGGGGCCACGGGUAAAAAUAGAUUCUUGGCGCUAACAAGUUGGGAUUCUAUUUGUUUGCCUAAAUCUUAUGGUGGCCUGGGUAUCAAGAAGUUCUUUGACUUAAAUAUGGCCCUCAUCUCUAAACUGGCGUGGGGCCUGGUUAGUGGCAGUAUUGCCCUCUGGUGUAGUGUGUUCCAUGCGAAAUAUUGUAAGAGGGGAGAUACUUUUUGGAAUUGUCCGAACCCUUCCCCUGCCUCCUUCUCGGCUUUGGGUAUUUUCUCUUGUCGGGAUUUCGUCCGCAAAGAGAGUUGUUGGUUGACUAAUGAUGGGGGGGAUAUUGAUCUUUGGUGCUCUCCUUGGAUCCCGUGGCUAUCCUGGGACGAGUACUUGGCUGCCUUCAAUCCAAGAAUUCGUGAUCCCCAGCUUAACACUCUGAGUCCUCUCCUUGAUGACGAGGGGGUUUUGCCUCGUGACGUGUUGAAUCUAUGGUUUAUUCCCGAGGUGGCGGAGAAACUGGGAAAGUUCAGAUUCCUGGGAGGUCUCUCUAGGAAUGUCCUGGUUUGGAGAGAUUCGCUUGAUGGGCGUUUCUCGGUAAAAUGUGCGUAUCGUACGUUGAUCAAGGGCAGACUCCCGAUCCUUAAUGGAAUUUGGAAGAAGAUUUGGGGAGCCCCGGUGCAUUUCCGCACCAAAUUGUUCCUUUGGAAAGUUGCUCGAAACAUCCUUCCCUGUGGCCAAAAACUCCAUGAUGUUCUGGGUUCUGCUUCUUGUUGUGUUCUCUGUGGUGCCGAGGAGGAUUCUUUACUGCAUCUCUUCUUACACUGUGGUGUGGCUCGCCAUUGCUGGUUGGGAAGCCCAUGGGGCAUCCGAAGUGACUUGCUCUCCUUUAGUUCCCCUCUGGAGAUGGUUCAUUGGUUCUUUGACCCAGGUAUAUCUGAACCCGACUCAUCCUUUAACUCUUCUCUGUUCCUCUGGUUUGCUUUGUUUUUGUGUGGGGUCUUGUGGCAAGCCCGUAACAAGGCUUUCCAUGAGGGAAUCCCGGCUUGUCCUUCGGCUAUCCUCAUUCAGGUUCAGCGAUUGGUGGCGGGGGCAGGUGAGUCGGGUUUGGGUAAUACCGUUCAGCCUCCCAUUGGUGAUGUGGUCCAUCAACAUGGGGUAGUCUUACCUGCCCAUGAGUUUACGGUCUAUUGUGAUGCGGCUGUCCGUGGGGGCACGGGUUUUUUUGCGGUGGUGGCAUUUGAUAGCGAGAACACUUUGGUGGCUGCGUUUUCGGCUAAAGCCCCGGUGUCUUCCCCUCUCGAAGCCGAGACGUUGGCCCUCCACCAUGCUGUCUCCUUCUGCUCUCUGCGUGGCUGGGAUACUGCUGUGGUGUUUUCGAAUUGCCAAGUCCUCGUUGAUGCGGUUAACAAGCGGGUGGUGCCGGAUUGGAAGCUCACCCAUGUGUUCCUCUCUCUGUUUUCGGAAGUUUCUUUGGGGGUGUGUGCUGGGGUGUUUUGGAUUCCCCGUAGGAAUAACGAGGUGGCUCACCGCCUUGCUGCGCGGGCGGCCACCUUGGAUGUUUGUCGUGUGUUUGGUGUUGGGGAGGUUGCACCCCUGUUGCAGCCAUGA